CAGAGAGCGUCGUGUAAAAAUAAAAUAUAUUUGAAUCCACUCUUUUUUUUGGAGUCAAUUUCAUUCUUUUUCCUUCUUCUCUCUUCUUUUUCCUUUUCCUCCUCACUUGCCAUUCUCCUUCUCACCAACACUCUCUUCUUCACCAUCCUCAAUCAACACUUCUACUAAGCAGCUGUCUAACGAAUAUACACAUACACAUAUCCAUAUUUACUAGAAUCAAAAACAUAUACACCAUGACUUCUCCUCUUGACGCCCUCGAUAUGUCCCUUGCUGACAUCAUCAAGACCAACAAAACCACCAAGCGUACCCGUAACACCAACAACAAGGCUGCCUCUAAAGGCAGUGGUAGCACCCGCACAUCAGGUGGUCCUAUUCGUAACGCUCGGGGUAGCCGUGACAGAAAGAAGAAGCCCUUCAAGUCUGGUGUGGAGCAGUACAAGGGCAAGGUCAAGGCCGCACCUGCUGCCCCUCUUCACACUUCUGUCAUCCGACAGAGCGUUCCCGAUGGCUCAAAGAUCCAAAUUUCCAACCUCGACAACCGAGUCACUGCUGAAGACUUGAAGGUUGUUUUUACUUCCAGAGUUGGACCGCUCAAGAAGUGCACUCUUGUGUAUGAUCAGCAUGGAAAGUCUACUGGAACAGCCUCCGUCCACUUUACUCGUGUUGGCGAUGCUGCCAUUGCUAUGCAGAAGUUUAAUGGAGUGCCCCUGGAUGGUCGUCCUAUGAAGAUUGAGUUGAUUGUCGCUCCUGGUGCAGCCCAAGCGGUUCUCGGUUCAGGAAAGCCACCCAAAGCUGCAACCAGUAAUCAAGGACAACAGAAGCGUGGUGGUGGAGCAGCAAACCGUGGUCGACUCUUAAAGAGCCAUUAUUGAGCUCACCCUUUAUAGUUCUCAUGGCAGACCAAUAAGCUGUGCUUAUUUUGUUUUUAUAUUCUUUUACCCUUCACAUUGUCGUUUCAUGUUCUUUGCCUCACUUGUAAUAAUAAAAAGGAAAAAAAAAAAAAAGUAUAAUCUUAAUUACGAAUCUAUUAAUAAACAAUGUAUAUCUAUGUGGUCUAUGAAGUUUA